AUGUCCCUUGACGUACAAUUUCAAAUUUCUGUUAUCAUUGACAAACUCCCCCCUGAUUGGAAAGAUUUCAAAAACUUGCUUCGGCAUAAAAUAAAAGAGUUUUCAAUCGAGAGUCUGAUCAUUCACCUCUGGAUUGAAGAGGAAGCUCAGAGAAAAUAUCAGAAAGAUGAAGUCUUAGUUAUUUCUAACAACAAAAAGAAAUUUGGUGCAGUUCUGAAGCCUACGGGAAAACCAUUAAAGAAUCAGAAUCACAAUGUUGUGAACCAAAUUAAGAAUGAGAAUCCCUCUAGGGCCCUAUGUGCUCCGAUUACUAGGCAUCAACCACCACCUCAAAUAAAUGAUGCUUCGGUUUUCACUUGUUUUAAUUAUGGAAAAUUGGGUCAUAUGGUUAAGAUAUGUAAGAGCAUACCUAAACAUGUUGUUGGCUCUAAUGCACAAGUUAAAUUGACAAAUGAGCAAUUCAUUGAUAUGAUCACCGAAAUCAACAUGGUUGGUAGAAAUGAUGGUUGGUGGAUAGACAAUGGAGCCUAUCGUCAUAAUAAAAGUGAACCGCUUGACAUGUUUAAGAUGUAUGUGAAAGAGAUUGAAAAUCAAUUUAGUAAGAAGAUUAAGAGACUUCGUAGUGAUAGGGGAAUUGAGUACAAUUCUGGGUUAUUUAAUGAAUUUUAUAAACAACAUGAAAUUGUACAUGAAACGACUGCAUCAUACUCUCCUAAAAUGAAUGGUAAACUAGAAAGAAAGAAUAAAACUCUUAUUGAACUUUUUAUUGCAAUUAUGUUAAAUUUUGGUGUUGCACCUCACUAG